GCCAUGGCCCCGACCAUUACGCGUAAUUUAUAUACACAUUUUAUUCACUGAAAAAGAGAAGGGGGAAAUAAUUAAAAUUAAGGCACUAAAAGGUACGAUAUUUACCUGUGUUUUGAUGGGGUAACGGAGUAAAAUCACCCGGCUGUUUACAGCGGCGUCUAGCAAUCGGCACAUCUAGCAACCCUGUUCGCAACGUAUACCUUUUAUGCGCAAAAAAAGUGAAGAAUUCGCUCGGUGGGCUGACGAAAGGCCCGAAUUAACAUAAGAAUCUCAUUCAUUUAAAUUACAAAAACAGCAUUUACUCUUGCACAAACUGAAAAACCGUGGAAAAGCGAAAAGUGACAGUGAUUUUCCUUAUAUAUGCGAUCCCAAAAACCUAACAAAAAGCAACUUCCGCAGACGUCAGCAAGUGCCACAUAAAAGAAAUAGAUAAAAUAAACAAAUAGCAGGGGUGAUGCGAUAAACAAAAUCAAAAAGAAAAGAAAUUAUAGACGGCAAGAAAACAGGAGCGGCAGCGAGUGCCGUUGUCAUGCAUUUUGUCACACAGCAGCGGGCACAACAGCAGCACCACCAGCAGCACAAGUCCACCUCCUCGUCGAGUUCCUCGCUGGCCUCGAGUUCCUCGUGUUCAGGAUCUGGAUCGGGAUCGGGACCGGGAUCGGGAGCAGGAUCUCGCUUUGUGUCCCUGCGCAAGUCCUCCAGCCAGGGUGCUCUGCCCAAGACCUUGGCCACCGCCCACAGCUUCUUCCAUCGUCCUUCGUCCUCGCAGGGCAAGCACAAACGCACCGCCAGCUUAAAUGUUACGCCCAUGAUUAAAGAUAAUGAUAUAAACAACCCAACAACAUCAAGUGUAACCAUAUCCGGUACGACUGCCGAAAGUCCAAGCAUUAGUAAGACCCCUGCCAAUGCCAACAUGAUACCCGAGAACACCCAGCCCGAUCAGCUCCAGUCACAGUUACAGACACAAUCCCAGCUCCAGCCACAGUCACAAUCGCCGUCACAGUGCCAGCAGGCGCAGGAUAAUCCAGAGAAUACCCAGAAUCCCCAGCAGCAAUCGCAGCCGGUGGAGGAGCAGGCGGAGCCGAUAGCUGGUAGCAAUGGUGGCGACAGGCGCGAUUCGAUCACCGAGGAGAUCACGAUCACGAGCACCACAAACAGCAGUUUGAGCAACAAACUCCUGACCAUUCAGGAAGCAGCUGGCAGUCUCGAACAGAGCAGCAUUUCCAUAUCGACGUCCUCCAAACAGAACGCUUCCACAACAGUCGGCGGAUCGCCACCAGCCGGAGUCCCAGGUGCCAAUGAGUCCAACGGCAGCAAUCUUAGUUUAAACCAGGCCGCCACUUCCACUAGUCCUGGCUCCAGUUCCAUCGCCAGCAACAACACAGCAGCGCCAGGAGCCACGCCAAGCAUAAAUAUUGUGUCCAGCGAGACGAACCGGGAGCAGUCACAGCAGUCGCAGAGCGUCGACUCCAACGGAUUUACUGCUCCUGGUGGCUCCGGCACCGACAGUCCCUCCAGCCGGAAGAACUCCACCAGCUCGAAGGGCAAGGCCAGCCAGGCGAAGCUAUCCAGCAGCGGUCACGAUGAGGACGUCUCACAGCACCGGCUGAGCGAUCUCACCCAGCACGAGCUGAGCCUGCUGCGCGUCGACCGGGAUCAACAGGUGACCAGCAGCAGCUCCACCUCCAACGAGAAGCCGGCCAAGCCAUCGCGGCUUUCGGAGCGGGCCAAGAAGAAGUCCUGGUACAACGUUAUCUAUCCUAACUACAAGUCACGGGCCGAGGACUUCAAGAAGCUCUUCAAGGACGUGCCCAACGAUGAGCGCCUGAUUGUGGACUACUCGUGUGCCCUGCAACGCGACAUUCUGGUCCAGGGCCGCCUGUAUGUGUCGCAGAACUACGUCUGCUUCCAUGCGAACAUCUUCAGCUGGGAGACCUACGUGAGCAUUAAGUGGAAGGAUGUGACGGCCAUAACCAAGGAGAAGACAGCUCUGGUGAUACCCAAUGCCAUUUCAAUAGCUAGCGGCAAGGACAAGUACUUCUUUGCCACGUUCACUUCUCGCGACAAAAGCUUCUUGAUGCUCUUUCGCGUCUGGCAGAACACGCUGAUGAACAAACAGUUCUCGCCGCAAGAGAUUUGGAAGCAUGUGCACACCUGCUACGGCGAGGAGCUGGGCCUGACCACCGACGACGAGGACUACAUAGAUCCCACGGUGGACAACGACAACGAGACAGACUUUGACUUCCAUACGGCCAUCGAUGAGGAUAGCCAGUCGCAGCGCCAGUCGCAGCAGUCGAACCAAUCCAACCAGUCGAAUCCCCAGCUGCCCCAGAGCGGCAACAGCAGCGCCAGCAGCGGCGGCGGCGUUCGAGCCUCUGCUCCACGCAAGUCCAAAACGAAAUACUUCUUCAACUCCUCCAAAUCCUCGGCCAACGCCUCGGCCAGCGGAUCGGAUAACAAUAAGACCAGGGAGAGCUCGCGCAAACUGAACAAGAAGAUGAAGCAGAAUGCAAAGGAGCUGAUCCUCAGCUCCGUAAAGCCGACGGAGCUUUCGGUGAGCGUCACCAUGGGCGCUCCCACCGCCAGCAGCAGCAGCACCGCCGGCUCCACCACAGCCUCCUCUUCCACCAUUGCCAACCUUACGGGCUCUGGCUCUGGAUCGGGAUCGCUAUCGGGUUCCAAUACGGCUCCAGCUAGCGGCAGUGGCGGCGACAAGAAGAGUGUGGAGAAGAAGGUCAGCACGACUUCAAACUCGGCCGCCGUUGCAGCAGCGGCAGCCUCCUCAUCCUUGGCCACUGCCACUUCCGCGGUUCCAGCCACAGAAUCUAAGCUGGAAACCAAACGCAAAAUGGGAAAAACUCAUCGACAACGCGAUGAUUGCAAAAAUGCUGCCGAGAGUGUGCCCACAGAUGUCUCUGACUCGUCGGAUUCCGAAGAGAAUAAUUUGCCAUUUGUGCCCACUACAGAGUGCACCUCGACACAUGAGGGUCGCCAGAUCGUCCAUACCAUUCUGCCCAUCAACGUGGACACCUUGUUCAAUUUGCUGUUCAGCAAGUCGAAAUUUAUUACUGACUUCCACGCCACGCGCAAGUCAACGGAUCUGGUAUUGGGCGAAUGGACCAAGAACGAGGAGGGUCUUCAAGUGCGCACCGUAAACGUCACCGUUCAAUUGGCCGCCUCUGUGGGACCCAAGACCUCAAAGGUAACCGAGUACCAGACGCAAAGGGAAUGCAGCAAGCCGGGUGAACUGUAUUCCAUAGACGUAAAUAGUCUUAAUGCAGGCAUUCCAUACGCGGACAGUUUCAGCGUGCUCAUACACUUCUGCCUGGCCAGAACUGUUGAUGAUCACACUAUGCUGUCGAUUCAUACCCAGAUCAAGUACAAGAAGUCGGUCUGGGGCGUUGUCAAGGGCUUCAUCGAGAAGAAUACGUGGGCAGGCCUGGAGGACUUCUUCGGAGCACAGUUGCAUGCGCUUCAGAGCGAGACCUGCAUUCCACCUGCCAAGGGAAAGGGUCGCAGACCGAGGAGAGGCAUGAAUCAACAAUCCGCCACCUCAACAUCGACCACCACAACAGGUGCUCUCCACACAGCGACCAGUACGGACAAUGACAGCAUUCAAGAGACGCGUCAUCAGCAGAACGAGCAUCAUCAGCACCAGCAUCUGCACAUGCACCAUCAUCACCACCAUCACCACGGUAGCCAGCAUCAUCACCACGAUCCCAGGCACUCGCACCAUCAUCAGCCUCCGCUAUCCCAUCACCAUCAGCAUCCUCAUUGGCAUCACCGUAAGGCUAUACUUCCGUCGAGCAGAGGUACUGCCACGCAAAUUCGCCCUCUGGAGGAGGUAGUCGGCCCGGCCCCAGCCGGAGAUACUUUGGAGGCCCAAAUGCUGUCCACGGGCGGCGUCGCUGGUGCAGCAGUCGGCGCCUCCGCCGGUCACCCGCUGCUGCUCGAGGGCGGCAAACAACAGCAGCUCCACCACCAGCACCACCUGCAGCCGCACAAGCAGCACCACCAGCAGCAGCAGUUGCACCUGGGCGGCGGCGACGGCCAGGCACUGGCGACGGGACACGGGCCACAGGGUCACAGAUUCAGACACAAGGGCUUGUGGUUGUUGGUUAUACUAUUGCUAUGCUUGAUGCUGGCAUUAAAUGUGAUAUUAUUACUUAAGCUCUGGAAGCUGGAGGAACGGAUUGACGUGGAUCUCAAUCGGCGGGCCCGCCUGCCCAGUUUGGCGGCCUUGAGUGAGCUUCCGAGCACGAAUCAGGAAUGGCUACAAAUGCUGCGCGACCAGGAGAUGGCGCAUGAAAACGAGCUCCACAAGUGGCAACAGGUGCUGCAAACUGCCAUCGAGCUACUGAAAAAGGUGAGCAUUGUCUGCGAAAAGAUCUACAACGAUGGCCAGCUGCGUAAGAGCAUUGAGUCGAUGUCGAUGGCGGUGCACACAGAAUUCUAAGCAUCUCAUUAGACGGUGAAUAACAGCAGUGAGCAGUGACUUCAGCAAACAACAAGCGAUAACUAAUUGUAACUUUAACACUCACAACCACACACAUGUAUACACGCAGUGCGUUUCAUAAUGCAGGGCAGUUGUAGAGAAGUAAGGAUAAAGACAGAUUUUUUUCUGAAACCUAUUUCCUAUUCCUAUUUUCUUAUUUAAAUAUUUAAUCAGCAUUUUUAUGUUCCUUUUGUUUCCACCAUGUUUAUGUUAUCAUUCGAUUGUAUAUCUUUGCAUUUGGUAAUUAAAUUUCUUCUUGAAAUUACCACACACAAGAAGUGAACUUUAAUUUCGAAUAACUUUUAAAUGAGAAGAGUGGUCAGAUUUGAAAGUAUGAUUAAACUGUCUGAAAGUUUUGAAACGCACUGCACCAGCGGGCAUUUGUUACUGAUCUCUUAGUUAGCAAUACACAAACCCCAAAAAUUUUUGCAUGUUUUUUUCUCUGUUUAAGAAAUGUUUUCUCUGGCACUGACUGAUGAGAUAAUUGUUGAAAAUUCAAAUAUUUAAAUACAAGCUUUACUAUUGAAUGCCGACAUCUUUCUCAACCAGAGUUAACAUUUCUUUAGAGAUAAGUUUUGUAUUCCGUAGAACAAACUCAAGGCCAGCACAUUUUAUUGAAUGCUUUUAAGAAACUGAAUGAAAUUGUAUUAAAAAUCUUUUUGGUCUAUCCGC